UAAACAUAACUAGUCACAACAUCGCGGCCCAGAGCGGAAGCCGGCGAUCAGUUAGCCAGCUAACCAGUUAACCAGUUAAAGAUUUAACCAGUUGAGAGCCAGGAGCAAGUCGCUCGCCAACGAGCAAGAGGCCAACAGGGGACAAAGUGAACGUGCGACUCGUUUGGCGGUCUUUUAUUAUUAUUAUUGCUCGCAUUGUUGCUGCCGUUUGGCAAGACAAGAAAUUCAUUGUCAACACUGCCCUCGCAUUCCACGCCAAAAUGCCGCGCAUGCCAAUGAUCGCGCUGCUGCUGCUGGUGCUGUUGACAAUGUGGUCAACGCAAUCCCAUGCCCGAGCGGUUAACAAGGCUCCCGUUACAGAAUCAAUCGAAACACAGGACACAGAAUCUGCAACGGAGGACACGCCAGCAGAGGAUGACGACACAACAUAUGCUGGCAAUAUAGAAUUGAAUACGGUUACCAUUUCGGUUGACUCCGAUGUCAUACUUACGACCGAGGAGGGCAUACAGAUGUUCACUACUCUAGCGGACAUAACGACCACCGAGGAGCCGCUGCCAGACUCAGUUGUGCAGCAGCUGGAGCAGGAACGUGCCGAGCGAGAUAGCCUGCGGAAUAACCAGUCAAUAAACACUACAGAGGAGUCAGAUUCUAUGGAUAACACAACAGCAGCUACAAAUCAAGCGGAUGAAGUAACAACAACAGCUCCCACCACAACAACGCAACCAGAAACAGAAACCGAGCAGGCGGUCAGCCAAAAUGAAACUGCCCAAGAGAAUCUCGCUUACAGCAGCCUCAACCCGAACUCUGAAGACUCCAAAAUUGAUGAAGAAUGGGCGCAGAUGAACCUAGAGCCGAUGGCUUCGCACAUGGCAAAUGUGGCCUCCUAUGCUACCACAGAGCAUACGGCCAUGAUCGCGGAGGAGGCGGAAUCCUACGGCAACGAGCAGACCACCAAUAUGCCACUGAUGGAUGUCAAUACCAGCGGAUCCAUCACUACGAUGGAAGCAAGGGCAUCGGCCACGGAGUUGACGCGUAUGGAGCAAAGCACAUUUAUUGAAAACAUAGCCGAGCAGAUGGAGUCCACUACGGAAAUGGACUCGAUGCGUUUCAUGACCACACCUCCGGCUGAGCCAGAACAUGAGCCACAGGCCGAGAUGAUCCCUGAAGCCAAAAACACCACCUCAACUGAGCGCAGCGUAAUGCACCUGCUUAGUCGCCUUAGCUUGAACACCAUUACCCAGAAGCCAGGCAUCGCGCCGGAGGCAGAGCUAAUCACCACUGAAGAGACCAUCAUGCAGGCAGAGUUCACCACGGCCGGAGAUUAUGUGGGGAGUCUCACCGAGCCGGGUACCGAACCCACAGUUGCUGCCGAGGCAACAACAGUGGUUGCUGCCACCCCAACAGAGUCUUCAAUGGUCAGCGACAGCACCGUCAGCGCACCCAUCAGCACCACCACCGAGCCGAUACCGAUACCAACCACUGAGUUGAAAGCUCAGGCAACGCGUGCACCUCGCAUCGAACGCAUCUUCAACUCGGAUGGCGUUGAGGUGCUCUAUGGCUACUCAUCGGUGGUGCGUACAAAUCUCACCUAAGCGCGCGCCACAUGCAAAUUACCAAAAAUUACCUUGUCAAGGUCAACUUGUCAUACAAAACCACAACAACAACAACAACAGCAACAA